ACACAAACACAUAUCACGAACAAACAUUUCAUUUCACAACAGAUUGCGAAUGACAACAAACUUUGCAGGUUGAAUAAGUAUACCUUUUUAUUCAAUACUUCCCGUUCUCAAUUGCUCGUACAAAAUUAAAUUGAUAAGGUUUCGAAAGACGCUAAAUCAACAAAGAAAUUCUUUCAAAAAAAUUUACAUCAAAAUGGAUCCUUGCAUGAUUAACACUUCAAAGACGAUUUCCGUGAGAACAUUUGCACAAGAGUACAGUACUAGAGGGACAUUAAAGCACAAAGUAAAGCGUUGCUGCAUUCCUGCAUUAAUUCGACUCGCUUUAAAUAGUAAAGUUUUCUGAUUUCAUAAUUCUUCUUAUUCACGUUCGAUCGUUAUCGCUAUGCUAGAGGAAAUAAUUGGGUUUAGUUUAUCGAUUUUUUCACUUUUCGUAACCGAAACGCCAAGAGUGUCUUUACCUGCCCAACAUGAGCAAGAGAACGCGGGUACUGAUGGUAAUAUACAUUUUAGACUAAUGGAAAAUGAUUCCAGAAGUAGAUAUAUAAACAAAGAAUAUGACCAGUCAGAUUUGAACGACGAAAGUGAAAUCUUCAUGGCUGAUGGAAGUCAACUUGAAACAUGCUGCAGUAACAUGCAACAUUCCAGAAACUUUACAUCAUCUUUGUGGAAAAGUUUAUCAACAAGUAUCAAUCUCACGUUUGCUACCAUCUUGCCAACUCUUUUUGCUUUGACAUUGGUGUAUAUUGACACGAAUACCACCUACAGCUGCUUGGCAUGGCGAAAUCACAAAAACAAGACAUUAUCAUUAUCUGUGAAACGUGUUCACGUCUUUGGUGAUUGCGUGCAGUCGUUUGUGUUAUAUUUCUGGUUUCCAUUAUCAAUGAUGAUGUUAUUUGGAUGGAAAGAAUUUAAAGAAAAGUUCACAUCUGCGCUUUAUGUUUGUGUCAUAUUCGGAGAGCUGGUCGUUAUUUAUCACUUGAUUUCAUUUCAGUUUAAUGUUUACGAUGCACAUAGCUACUACAGAAUCCCUCCAAGUAUUUUAUUUUGUGUCUCUUUAUUUUGUUCCGGCUUUGUGAUCCUUUACAAUAUUCGUGCUUGUGAUCGCCACGUCACUUACUCUAAUUGUCAUAUUACAGCGCUUCUUCUGAUGGAAUAUGUAUUUUGUGCUUUUAUUUCUUACGCUAACCGGUACAAACUUAUUCCUGCAUUUAAUGGCUUUCGAAAAGCUGUAUAA